GGCGGGCCAGGGGAGCCGGUCGCUGCCGGCGGGCGCAGCGGGGCCGGGCCCGGAGCCGCCAUGGCCAUGUACGCGGUGCGGCCCGUGCACGAGGGCGGCGGGCGCGUGCUGGCCGAGCACCUGCCCGCCUGCAUGUACCGCCUGCCCAACCUGCACCGCCCGCCCGCCGCGCCGCAGGAGGAGGUUGACCCAUCACUUCAAGCACUUGAAUCCCGCCAGGAGGAGAUCCUGAAACGCUUGUAUGAGCUGAAGAGUGCUGUUGAUGGGCUCUCAAAAAUGAUACAAACCCCAGAUGCUGACUUUGAUGUAACCAAUAUCAUUCAAACUGUUGAAUGUUCUCCUCUGACAACAAAUGGAGCAGAUUUAGAUUUGAUGCUUGGAAAGGAUUAUGGUGCCCUGAAAGACAUUGUAAUCAAUGCAAAUCCUUCUCUGCCUCCGCUGUCAUUGUUAGUACUGCACAGCCUCCUUUGUGAACGCUACAAAAUAUUAUCAGCUGUUCACACACACUCAUCGGUGAGAACCGUGCCAGAAAACCUCUUGAAAUGCUUUGGAGAGCAGAUGAAGAAGCAGCCACGUCACAAGUAUCAGUUGGGCUUUACUCUUAUUUGGAAGGAUGUUCCCAAGCCCCAGAUGAAGUUUAGCAUUCAAACAAUGUGCCCUAUUGAAGGAGAGGGCAACAUUGCCCGAUUUCUCUUUUCCCUGUUUGGCCAGAAGUACAAUGCAGUUACUGCAACUCUGAUUGACAGCUGGGUGGAUACAGCCAUCUUCCAGCUCAAAGAAGGCAGCAGCAAGGAAAAAGGAGCAGUCCUGCGCUCGAUGAAUGCUGCCCUGGGCAAGACCUCCUGGUUGGUGGGAAAUGAACUGACCAUUGCUGACAUCGUGGCGUGGUGUGCGCUCCAGCAGACGGGUGGUGCCAACACUGCCCCAGCCAACGUGCAGAAAUGGAUGAAGUCCUGUGAGAACCUGGCACCUUUCACCUCUGUGAUGAAGCUACUGAAGUAAGCCUGUACUUGUGAUAACGGUGUCAUUUUUUUAUCUCGCUCCACCUCAUGCCUGCCAUAGUGGUUUGAGUCCCAGCCCAGAUGUGUUCAAGUGCUACAGUUGGACAGAAUUCUGAAAUCAAUAAAAAUGUUACAGCUAU